AUGGACCCAAAACAGAGAAAAAAGUCUUAAGAAGAGAUUUUAUAAAUUCCACAAAGGAAAGCUUAACGUAUAGCUGGAAUACAGUAAUCAUUGGGUGCAAAUCAUAUUUAUGAGACUUAUGUUUAAUGUCAAAAAUAGCAACAGAGAUCAGAUAUUGUUUUUAUAGUUAUGUGCUUGAAAUAACAUUUUGUUUUCAGUUUUUUGAAUGAUGCUUAAUUGUAUUAGAAUAUCUUAAAUGAAGAAAUCAUUUAGCGAGUUAGAUGUUUUAUUGUAAAUUAUCAAAAGGACAAUCUAUUAUUAAAUAAGGAGAUGGUGCCAAUGCAUUCUUUAUAUUAGGUAAUAUAUUGUUAUGAAUUUUAGAAAAGGGUUUAAUUUAAGUAACAAUAAAUGGAGAAGUUAAGAAAUAAUUGAUAUCAGGAAAUGGUUUAGGUGAGUUAGCCUUAUUAUAUGAUGCACCAAGGUAAUCAAUUAUUUUAUUUAAUAGGAGCGCCACAUGUAUUGCUUUAGAGGAAUGUUAUUUAUGGGGAAUCGAUAGAACAACAUUUCGUAAGACAGUUGAGCAGAUUAUGAAAAGUGAAUAUGAGAAAAAUAGAAAAUAUUUAGAAAAUGCCACAUUUUUUAGUAAUUAAAAAAAUUAAAAUAAAGAUCAUUUAACAAAAGAGUAAAAAGAUGCUAUCGGAGGUGUGUUAAUUUCUUAGAAAUUCUAGAUUAAUUAAAUUAUAGUAAAUAAGGGUGAUUAAGCAGAUUCAUUAUUUAUUAUAGCUGAGGUAAAGGUUUUGAUACAAAUAAGGGCAAAGUCGGUGUGUAUACUGAUGAUGGACUAUUAAUUAGAAUGUUAUCCAAGGGGGAAUAUUUUGGAGAGAAUGCUUUAUUGUAGGAUAAUUGUGUUAGGGGUUUAACAGUAAAAGCAAUUGAAGAAUCAAGACUUUUAGCUUUAGGGAGAGAAACAUUAAGUAAAAUAUUGGGUGAUGGAGUGUAAAUGAUAAUUUAUAAGAAUUAAUGUAAAUGGAUACUGUAAUAAUCAAAAAUAAAUUUAAUUAUUUAAAUAGAAUAAUUUUUGGAUUUAUUAACAAUAAGAAAAUUGAAAAAAGGAGACAUUAUUAUUAACAAAGGUUAAUAACAUGGAGAAUUAAUAAUUAUGAUAGAUGGAAAAGUUAGUGAUGUAAUGAUAUGAAUAGAUCAAUAGUCUAAUUAAAAUACGAUUUGUGAGAAGGGUAGAAUCUUAUUGGAUAAUACUGUAGAGUCAAAUGGAAAGCAUGAUUAAGAUUAUUUUAUGUAAGAAGAUGGUAUAAUAGCAGCUAUUGAUUAUAAUAUUGUUAAAAAAUAAUUUGGUGAAUAAGUAAAAUAUAAUAUAAAUAAAUUAGUAAUAAAUAUUAGAAAUUUAUACAUAAGAAACUCUUAGCAAAGUAAAUAAAGUUAAGGAUUAUAAAUUAGAGGAUUUAUGUUACUUAAAAACUUUAGGAUGUGGAUAAUUUGGAAUGGUGUAUUUAUGUUAAUUUAAGAAUGAAUUACAAUUGUUUGCAUUAAAAAUAAUGACAAGAGUUAAUAUCAAAUAAUUUGGAAUAACAAAACAUGUUACUAAUGAGAGAAGAGUAUAAUCAAUUUUGGAUCAUCCUUUUAUUAUGCAUUUUUUUAGAUCAUUCAAAGAUGAUAAUAAUAUUUAUUUAUUAAAUGAAUAUAUUCCUGGAAUUGAAUUAUUUGAUGCUAUUAGAGAUAUAGGUUUAUUAAAUAAAAAUGAUUCCUAAUUUUAUAUAUCUUAAAUGAUAUUAUAAACAGAAUAUUUGCAUACAGUUCAUUAAGUAAUGUACAGAGAUUAUAAACCAGAAAAUCUUAUUGUUGAUGAUACAGGUUAUCUUAAAUUAAUUGACUUUGGAACAGCUAAAUUAAAUUAACCAGGAUAAAAAACAUUUACUAUAAUAGGUACUCCACAUUAUAUGGCACCAGAAGUUAUAAGUGGAAAAGGAUAUAAUUAAAUGGUUGAUUUAUGGAGUGUAGGAGUUAUGUUAUAUGAAUUCAUUUGUGGAGGAUUGCCUUUUGGAGAAGAUGCAGAAGAUCCUUUUGAAAUUUAUAAGGAAAUCACUAAAAAACCUUUGUCUUAUCCAUCAUAUAUGUCUGAUAAGACUGCCAAGAGUUUCAUUGAAUAAUUACUUAGUCGCAUACCAGAACUUCGUUUAGGAGGAUCAUAUUAGACUUUAAAGUAACAUACAUGGUUUAAGGAUUUUCAAUGGGAUAUUUUGAUUGCUAAAAAACUCAAACCAGUUUAUAAACCAUCAGCUAAUAAAAUUGUAACUAAUGGAUAGGCUUAAGUGAUGAAAAAGAUACCAUUAUUAGAAUAGAUACUUAAAGAUGCUUAAUAUUUCAAAAAAUCAUAACCUAAUCCCAAAGAUAGUGAAUGGGAUUAUGAAUUUUGA